AUGCUUGCUUACCUAACCCCGCGGGGAAGGUCGACGGACCAGCCGGAAAAGAUCCAAUAUGCCAUCGAAAAAAUGAUCGAUGCUCCGACUCGCCUACGACGCGCCAUUCACGUCGGUGACAGCCUCCUGGUCAAACGAAUCCUCAGCUCCCACCCAACCUUGCUCCAUAAUCCCGACGCGUCACUGUCGGGCCUCUCAAACUCGAAUCUGCAUCUCGCCGCAUUUCUGGGACACAAGGACGUGUGCGAGGCGCUUCUUGACGCCGGCCAUGAAGAACCCUGCCCGGCGCUGAAUGAAAACCACCAGACCGCGCUGAUGCUAGCCUCUGGAGAGGGGCACUCCGAGGUCGUUCACCUGCUCUGCGAGCACGACAGGAGCUGCAUCCUUCGAGUGGACGUCAGAGGUCGCGACGCCAUCAUGCACGCGAGCAUGGGCGGCCACGACACCGCCUUGCAGAUUCUUUUGACCUACGUCCCGGGCGGACCACGCGAUGCGGUCCGACGAGCCGACCUCGAGGGCAACACCGCUCUCCACUUCGCGAGCAGCAACGGCAACUUGCUGGGCCUCCGGACUCUCCUCGCCGUCGGUGCCGAGGUGGAGCGACGGAAUAUAUGGAACUGGACUCCUGCUGCCUACAGCGCCACUGUCCAAGCCGAGGUUUAUCUCAAGGGCUUGGUCUCGGAAGUUGGGAAACGCCAGCAGCUGAGGCAGGAGAUCGAGUCCACUCGCCGGAAAGGCGGCAUGGUGCGUGUCGUUGGGGCGGCGGCCGAAGCAGAGUGA